AUGGUAUUAAAGAUGCUGGAAUUAAGCUCUUGUUCAACCAGUGCUCACACUCUUACCGAGCCCGACCAGUCCAGCACCCUUGGGAUACCGGCACUGGAUACUGACAUGCAAAGGUAUGUCUUGGCCCUUCCGGAAGCAGAAACUUGGCGUAAGCACCGGUUGGGCUUGACUCAAGCUACUCAAUCCUGCUCACUUCUGGAGCCUGAGACCCUUUCAGAAACUUUAGUUUCACGCACCGCAAGCUACGAUGCCUUGUAUGAUCUUCGAGCUCGGGAUGUCGAAACUGCCUUCCCCUUCGAAGGCAGCAGCAUGUUUGAAGUGGCCACUGGAGUGGACUCAGAUUUUCCCUUGAGCCCCCAUAUAAUAAAACGAAGGAGAGGAGGACUCAUAGAGCAGAAGGAUAUCAUCAAAGCACAUGAGGCACAUAAGAUGCAAAGCACACCUCAGGCGAGGCGGAAAGAGUGGGA